AUGACCACCACAAGCACUACUUUUCAAGACCUAAACGUUCAUUCAUCCCUCAUAAGUGCACUUAAAUCACUUUCAAUUCAAUCUCCUACUGAAAUUCAAGCAAAAACGAUACCUGAUAUCCUCAAUGGACGAGAUUGUAUUGGUUCAUCACAAACAGGUUCAGGAAAAACUAUAGCAUUCUCAAUCCCAAUCCUACAAGGUUUAGCAAAAGAUCCAAGUUCAUGUUAUGCAUUAAUUUUAACGCCAACAAGAGAAUUAGCGUUUCAAAUCUCAUCACAAUUAAAAGUUUUAGGGUCUUUAGCUAUACCUGGAUUUUCUUCUACUGUGAUUGUAGGAGGUAUUGAAAUGACUUCACAAGCGAUUGAACUUAGGAAAAGACCUCAUGUGAUUAUUGCCACUCCUGGUAGAUUGGUUGAUCAUCUUAAAAGCUCGAAUGGUGAAAUUGGAAACUGGGACCUAAGACGUUGCAAGUUUUUGGUUUUGGAUGAAGCAGAUCGGAUGUUAACAUCCACUUUUGCGGACCCGCUUGCUUAUCUCAUCAAUCAUCAUCUUCCACCACCUUCGCAACGUCAAACACUUCUCUUCACUGCCACACUUACGGAACCUGUCCUGGCUCUUGCCAACAAAGAUCCACCUCCAGGAAAACUGAAACCUGUUGUCCAUCUUUGUGGCUCACGUGGAAUCAAUUUACCUGAAAAUUUGAGACAACUCUAUAGUUUUGUGCCUUCACAAGUCAAAGAGACAUACCUUUACUAUUUACUAUUAAACUUAAACCAACUAACCGAUAUCCCACAAACAAUAAUCUUUGUUUCAAAACCAAGAACGGCAGAAAUGUUAAAGCUUGCAUUCAAUUCCGAUUUUUUACCUUUUAAAAUUCCAGCUUGUUCAUUACAUUCUAAUUUAACACAAAUUCAAAGAUUAAAAGCAAUUGAAGAUUUUGAAGAACGUAGAUUUACGAUUUUGAUCUCUACUGAUCUUGGGUCUAGAGGAUUAGAUCUUAAACAAGUUAAAUUGGUAAUCAAUUGGGAUAUUCCUUUAGAAUUCAAUGAAUAUGUUCAUCGAGUUGGUAGAACCGCUCGUGGAGUUUUAUCAGAUGGAGUUAGUAUCAGUCUUGUGGCUGAAAAUGAUGUAGAUUGUGUUUUAGGAAUUGAAGAAAAGAUGGGAUUGAAAAUGGAAGAAUUAAUGAUGAAAGAAGAUAAGGUUUUGGAAUAUCUUAAUCCAAUUAGUAAAGCUAAAAGAGAGGCUUAUUUGGAAUUGGAAGAAAAUAAAUUUGGUGAAAAACAAAAGGUUAACAAAUUGAAACGAAUGAAACUUGAUAAGAAACGAAAAGAGAUUGAAAGUUAA